AUGUCCACCUCUUCCAGCCAAUAUCACCACUUUCCGCCCAUCCAGCGUGUAGCUGUGAUAGGUGCGGGAUCCUCCGGACUCGUAGCGGGGAGACAUCUUCUGGAUGCCGGACUCGACGUCGCUGUCUUCGACCGGCACGGUGCCGUGGGGGAAGCAUGGGCGCGUUCGGCAGGCCAAGACAUGGACUUCCUCAAUCCCCCUUCGCCUUCGGAAGCGGCGUUCUUCCCGGUGGCGAGAGGAAGGCAGGGGUCGAGAACGUUCUUUGAAGAUCAAGGAGAAGGAGAGUCAUCCGACAGGGUGAAUAUGGACAGGGAGGACAUACCCGCUUCUUCCAUCUCGCUCUCCAAUUUUCCCCUGCCACCCAAUACAAGAUCAUUCAUAUCCCGAUCCACAGUCCGAACCUACCUCCGCGCAUACGCCUCUCACUUCGGGCUGCAUCCCUUCAUCCACCUCGACACCCGAGUCGAGCUGGUCGAGAAGGUCCGCGGGCUAAAGGACCGCGAAGCCUGGCGCGUCCGACUGCGGCAUCUUGAGCGAGAAGGAGCAAAGUCAACAGAGACUUUAUGGGACGAGUUCUUUGACGCCGUCAUAGUCGCUACGGGUAAUCAAGCUGCGCCCUUUGUCCCGCCGAUACCAGGUCUCGCGCUCCUACCGACCAUCAAUCACCAAUCGGGCUACUCACCGCCUACAUCGUACUCUGAUAUCGCGGUCCUCGUCGUCGGCUCGGGCCAAUCUGCGCUCGAGGCAGCGCAUAGACUUUCCCCGCACGUCCGCAAGAUUUGGAUCUCGGGAAGGAAGAUCGAGGGGCCCGAAUCUCGUCAAGCAUGGAGACGGCUGCAGCGCUUCGUGCUACCAAGCAAUGCUGAGGUAGUGCAACUAGUCGAGGCGUUUGAAGGCGAGGGGACUGUCAGACUGAGGGAUGGACGGUUACUGUGUGGAAUAGCCGAAAUUGUCUUUGCCACAGGACAUCGACAGUCCUACCCCUUCCUACCGCAAUACCACUCGGACCCAUCUCCAUCACAUCCAUCAGCCACUACUAUACCGAUCGCGCGACUCGUCACAGAUGGCCAAGUAGUCCACCAUCUACAUCACAACACCUUUUACAUCCCGGACCCCACACUCGCCAUCAUUUCCGCCUCGCCCACGUCCACGACUGCCACCACCGAGGUCCAAUCGAUGGCCGCAGCAAGAGUCUGGGCGAGACAAGCUGCGCUCCCGCCUCGACCAAUCAUGUGGGAGAAGUACGGCGCUCUCGUUGAAAAGGCGAUGCCAAGAUGGCUGAAUUGGGUGGAAGAGGGCGAGUUUAUCAGUCGGACAACAGAUUGGCUGAAUGCCCAUGCCGUGAUUGCCGAGGUGGAGGGUGUUGAGGUCAUUCGCCCGAUCUCGGAACGGGACAAGGCUGAGGAGCUGUUUGUCGGGCAAUUUGCGCUGGGGAAGGGGCAAUUUCAGGAGGUGUGGAACGCAGGUGAGAGGCAGGAGGGGUCGGCUAGGGAAGAGCUUCAGAGCAAAGUCCGGACCGCUAUGAUGCGGAGGAAUGGAGCAUAG